AACAACAAUCAUCAGGAAAACACUAAUGCAGGAACCAUUGGCAUUGGCCUCAGUGUUCUUUUUUCACACGCUUUUUCGGUGAUUGCUUUUUUUGUGAUGGACCAAAAAGGGCAUUGGUCAGGGCCGAAGUCGAGCUCCAAUUCUUCCACAUCAGACAACAGGAUUCCCAGCCGUUCCAAAGUAGAAAGGCUUGAGGUGACGCACAACGGAAUCACGGAUACGCUCUAUAUGUCACAGUUGAAGGAGACAAAUAAUCAAUAUGCCCAGGAAUUCCAUUGCUUCCUCUGUCUUUGUUGUGAAAACUCCAGAGUUACUUUGAUGAGCUUUGCCAACUGUCUUUGGUAUGAAGACUCCAGAGUUAGUUUGAGCUUUGCCGAUUGUGACAUCGAGCAAAGACAACAGAAACAAAAAUCGCGGUCAAGCUACAGACUGCCGGUGUGUCAUCUCCAUAAUGUUCCACGAGGAUUUUUGCGAUCUUUCCCAAUGGCAAUGUCAAGAAGCUUAACAGUACGAACCUCCAGACUUUGGCCUCACCGUUCUUGUUUCACACACUUUCGUAACGACGGUCCGAAUAGACCAUCGGUCAGCGCUGAAGUCGAGGCCAGAGAAGCCUUCAAAAUGCUCAGAGCCUACAUUACCUCUUCCAAUCCAACGUUAAGCUCCAAUUCUUCGACAUCAGACAACGGUAUUCCAAGCUGGUCCAAAGUAGAAAGGCUUGAGGUGACACACAAUGGAGUGACGAAAUUGUCUAAACACGUAACACCAGUGUUGGUCCCCAGAAGUGACAAAGCGCCACCGAGUGGGAUCCAUGACAUUCAAUAUCAUCUUCUUCUCACAGUUGGAAACAGUUGCUUCCUCUGUCUUGGGGAUGAAAACUCGAGAGUUAGUUUGAGCUUUGCCGAUUAUGGCAUCGGUCAAAGGAGUCCACUUACCUCAUUAUAUCCGAACGUCACAUUCCUCAUCUCAGUCCCUUUGGUGUCACUAAUACCAAGUUCCGCUAGAGUCCUCAACACCGACCCCACCACAUUAGGAGCCAGUCGCAUAUCAUCACCGAUUAUGAAGGAAGCACCUUUCGUGCAAAAAGCU